AUGGAUGGUUGGAUGGCUGGACUUGGUGUCGCUCUACCUCCAAACACUGAUGCCCUUUGCCAACUAUUAUUUGAGUAUUCAAAACGUGUCUAUACUUCUCAACUACAGCACUUAAAGGAUAUUGCUGGUACCUUGGCAACAGAAGAGACUGAAGAUGCAGCACAAGUAGCCAAGUUGCGUUCAGCUCUAGAAUCUGUUGAUCAUAAAAGAAGGAAGAUUCUGCAACAAAUGAGAAGUGAUGUAGCUUUGUUGACAUUGGAAAAUGGGGACACAGAGGGAUCCCUCAUUACAGAAGGAGCUUGUGGUUACGGAGAUCUUCACAAAGCUAGCUACGGAAAGCACAGUGUUGGAUUAAGCACAACUUUGUUCAACAGAGGGACUACGUGUGGGGCUUGCUACGAGAUCAGAUGUGUUGACCAUAUCUUGUGGUGUGUGCUUGGAAGCCCUUCUGUAAUUGUUACCACCACUGAUUUCUGUCCUCCUAAUUACGGUCUCUCAGUUGAUUACGGUGGCUGGUGUAACUUUCCAAGACAACAUUUUGAGUUGUCACAACCUGCAUUUUCUGAAAUUGCCAAAACAAAAGCCGAUAUUAUUCCGGUUCAGUAUAAAAGAGUGAAGUGUGAAAGAAGUGUUGGAAUGAAGUUUACAAUGAGUGGAAGUUCUCAUUUCUAUCAAGUUCUAAUUACUAAUGUGGGGCAAGAAGGUGAAGUGUUUGCUGUGAAAGUGAAGGGAUCUAGAACAGGAUGGAUACCAAUGGCAAGGAAUUGGGGAAUGAAUUGGCACUGCAAUGUCAACCUUCAACAUCAGCCUUUGUCCUUUGAGGUAACCAGCAGCACUGGAAAAACACUCGCAUCUUACAAUGUAGCACCAUCAAACUGGCAACUUGGACAGACAUUUCAAGGAAAACAAUUUUAA